GCAGGGGCGGGGCAGCGCAGGCGCGGGGCCGCUCCGCCGCCCGCAGCGUAAACAAGGGGCCGGCGGGGAUGAGGAGGCCGCAGGUGUGUGGCGGGGGCCGGGGCCGCCGGGGCUGAGGUGUGCUGCCCGCUGGAGGCGUUCCCCCCCGCCGGACGGGGGUGGCGAGGGCCGUCCCGCCAUGAACUUGGCCAGUCAGAGCGGCGACGCCGGCAGCGGCCAUCUGCUCUUCGCCAACUUCAACCAGGACAACACAUCCCUUGCUGUUGGCAGUAAAUCAGGCUACAAAUUCUUCUCUCUUUCUUCUGUGGACAAAUUAGAGCAGAUCUAUGAAUGCACUGACACAGAAGAUGUGUGCAUUGUGGAGAGACUGUUCUCCAGUAGUCUGGUGGCCAUAGUUAGCCUUAAAGCUCCACGCAAGCUGAAAGUUUGUCACUUUAAGAAGGGGACAGAGAUUUGCAACUACAGUUACUCCAACACCAUCUUGGCUGUCAAACUCAAUAGACAGAGGCUGAUAGUAUGUCUGGAGGAGUCUCUUUAUAUACAUAACAUACGAGACAUGAAGGUACUACAUACAAUCAGGGAGACACCUCCCAAUCCUGCAGGGUUGUGUGCUUUAUCAAUAAACAAUGAUAACUGCUACCUGGCCUACCCAGGAAGUGCAACUAUUGGAGAAGUACAAGUCUUUGACACCAUCAAUCUGAGAGCUGCUAAUAUGAUCCCAGCUCAUGAUAGUCCCUUGGCUGCUUUGGCAUUUGACGCCAGUGGUACAAAACUUGCCACUGCAUCAGAAAAGGGGACAGUAAUAAGAGUGUUUUCCAUUCCAGAGGGACAGAAACUCUUUGAAUUCCGAAGGGGAAUGAAGAGGUGUGUGAGCAUCUGUUCAUUGGCUUUCAGCAUGGAUGGCAUGUUUCUGUCUGCAUCCAGUAACACAGAGACAGUGCAUAUCUUCAAACUUGAGACUGUGAAAGAAAAACCUCAGGAAGAGCCUACAACCUGGACAGGUUACUUUGGAAAAGUGCUGAUGGCCUCAACAAGCUAUCUGCCCUCUCAAGUAACAGAAAUGUUCAACCAGGGUAGAGCCUUUGCUACGGUCCGCCUGCCGUUCUGUGGGCACAAAAACAUCUGUGCGCUUGCCACAAUCCAGAAGAUCCCUCGUUUGUUGGUGGGAGCUGCUGAUGGGUAUCUCUACAUGUACAACCUAGACCCCCAAGAAGGAGGAGAGUGUACACUAAUGAAGCAGCACAAGCUCGAUGGCAGUAUGGAGCCAGCCAACGAAAUUCUAGAGUCUGCAUCCCAUGACCGGCCGUUGGUAGCGCAGACAUACAGUGCUGCUGUGACUAAAGGUACAUACGUGCCUUCCUCACCCACAAGGCAUGCCUAUACGGAUGACCUGGGUGCUGUGGGUGGAGCUUGCCUGGAAGAUGAAACCAACUCUCUUAGAUUGGAUGAAGACAGUGAGCAUCCCCCCAUGAUCCUUCGGACAGACUAAACUUUGACCUGUGAACUCACUCCUGAAGCAGAGAACACUGGCUUGAUGUUUCUUGAGGAACCUCGUGUUAUGCUGCUAUGAACUUUGACAUGAGUUGGGAGAGAGGAUGACAGACUCUUACAGUUUUAAGUCGUAGCUGUAGUUCUAAUUCUAUACAAUUGGAAAAAUAUAUGGUUUUCAAUUCAGUGGCUUUUAAUCUUGCUUAUCUAUUUUAGCUGUGUUUAUUUUUUUUGUUGCCAAAACCUGCUGUUCGUGCAGCCCUCAGAGCCUACUAGCUUUGCAUGCGUUCAUGUGCCAAGCAAGCAUAGGAGGGGGAGAGAGAGAAGCCACUUUAUAACAAACUCAAGUUUGUAUUUUUUUUAUAUAUGUAUAUAAUAUUUAGCUUAUAUAAGGAAGGAGUAGAGAAGUGGUUCUGGAAGCUGAGACUAGUUCUGCACUGACAAAGGUCCAAAUGGUUUCCUGUGCAUGGGCUUGCAGGCAUACCUAGUGACUGACAUGCAACCUUUCAAAUGCAAUGGCCUGUUUUUUUGGGUUCUCCCUCCCCUUUCCUGGACCAUUUUGUUAAUUAAAAUUCCUUCUGAAUGUUGUGUAUUUGUGGGACUGUUCUGUUUGUUGGGAUGGAAAACUGGAAGUGUUUCCCUGCAUAAGGGUAUAGAAUAUAGAAAGUGCCUUUACAGGGAAGAAAAGAAAUUGCUGCAGGAAGAAAGCUAGAAUGAAGAAGGAAUUGCUAGAGACUUGUUUGUAUACUUUUAGUACUUGGGUGUCUGUGGCCCAUAAUGGCUGAUAAGCUUGUAGGGUUUUUUAGAGAAGACUUGGAAUGCACUUUCUCUCUCUCCUGUAGAUUGUCUUAUUUCCUUGGCGGACUAGCAAUAACCUUUUUUUAUACUUUUUUAAAUUAUCCAAAGCAAGGAUUCUGUCAGGCUGGAUGAAAGUCCCUGUAGAGUAUGGCAGCCCCACUCUUUAAACAGCCUUAAGGUUUUCAGCUGGAAGGCAUCGUGCUCAGUUCUUGCUUCUCUUCAGUCUGUGGCUGAGUGUACUGCUCUAAUAGUGAAGGUUCAUGAUUUUUUUCCAGAUAGUGAUGUAAAUAUAAAUGAUUUUGAAAGAUUAAUUUUCUUCUGGGUUCUCUUCUGCUGGAUAACAGUGCUUUUUCAUUUUUCUUCUUUUAUUUCCCCUUUCAUCAGAGUACCUCUUGCGGUACACUUAAAGGACUGGUUGUCUCUUUGGCAGUUUUGGAAAAAAUCCUUAAUUGCCCUGACCCUGGCUAGGGCUUUCCAAGGCUGAGCAGUGCUGCAGACUAUUUUUAGGGUUGUAAUGUGCCUUCUCUUAAGUCUUGGAUAACGGUUAGUGAGCAAGUGAUUAGCAAAGUACUUGGUGAGUGUUACUUUUCUUUGCCAAAAUGAGCCUGCUUUGCCUUUUGCGUAGCAAUGUGGGUUGUUUCCUUUCCCUCUAGUGACUGCAAAGAAAUAAGAACAGAUAAGGAAACUGCAGACCUUGAGGGGAGGACAGAAGCUGAGUACUCCAGCUAGAUGUGGACUCCCUACCACAAGUAGACAAUGAUGUGCUUUUAGGAUUUGGUGCUGUUAACAAGUUUUCUCUCAAGCAAUAGCAGGCAAUGGUCUUUGUCCCCAAAGCCCUGUGUGGGCUGGUGGGCUUCCCCUUCCUCUAAAAAUGCAAAAAGACAGUGGUAGCCCCUGCCAAGAGAGCUGCCUGUACUGGUGAGGCUACUCUUAGUCUGUGGGUGUGGAAGAUGUUCUUACAGGAGCACAUGUGGGAGGGAAGGGAUCAGGCUUGUUUAUUCACUGAAAAGCUUUGACUGUCCUAAGUAGCUGGCUGGAGUAGCUUGUGGUGUCCUCUCCAGAACCCAGCACAUUUGAAGCAAACCACUGAGUCGUGCUGAAAUCUUCCUUAGUCUCUUGACUUUAAGCUCUGGCUGACAACUAAAUUCCAUGGUCUGGAAUUUUUUUUUUUUUUUUUUUUUUUAUUUCAAGUGCUGUCGGCUUUGAUGUGGAGCUCGUAACUGCAGAGUAAAAUACAAGUCUCGAAGUAAAUACGAGCUCAGUGAGCUUUGCUGGCAAACUGAACUGCCCAGGAGCUGUCAGAUGUCUGCUCAUUCCAGACUAAAGCUGUUAACAUUCCCAAUAACAUACUUGGAGGCUUGGCAUAGACUCCACAAGUAGAGUUAGCAGUAAACACACGUAAGCAACACAGGUCUGCUAAGCACACAAGUUUUACAACUCUCGAGUAUAGAAAGGCCAUCUUACAUAGUAAGAUAGACCCCUUAAUGUAAUAGCUAACUUUUACUGCUAAAAACUGAGAAUGUUUAUUGUACUAAUUUUACCCCCUUAACUUUUACACCUUGUCUUCCACAGGUGAGUUGGAGAUCCUAUAUUCACUGUAUUUGUGUCUUCCAUAUGCUGUAGUAUGCUUCUGCUCCUGAGCCAUAGACUGACUGUUGAAUUGCUGUGCCCGGCUUGGUUCACUCUUAAGUAGAAACUGGAAGCCAGUUAAAGUAUCUAUUUUGUUGUUGUAACUGGAGAAAAUCAUUUAAGAGAGCAAAAGUAUUAAUAUUGUGAAGUUAGUGACCAGCAUGGAGCUAGUAGGGUGGAGCAGGUGGCUUCUGUCCCCACUGACAGUCUGUUUAAGAGUGGUUGGAGUAGUUUGUCUUAAGUUCAUUGCGUGAGGAUAUAAACUUUUUCUCAGAAAAAGUGACUAAUAUCCUUUCCCUUUGAUGGCCUUAGGCCCUCAGUUAACCACCCUGUUGUGGUAUGCUACCAAAGUUAGAAGCCUUUCAGGUUGGGGUUUCAUCCCAAUGACACAAAGAUGUUUGGGUUUGUUUGUUGUGGUUUUUUUUUUUUUCUUAAACGUACCAGAAAUGCUGUUUGUAGCUGCAUCCUCACCUGAGUAUGGAGCAUAUGACUGCACUGUUACGGUCUGUGGAUCAGGCAGUGUCUAAACGUUUCUAUUCUGAUGGUGUAACAGCCCUGGAUUCCCUAGGGUAAACCAGGGAGGCUUUAGCCCUGUGCUGUGGCCGUGGGCUUCCAGCCAUACGAUACGGGAACACCUAUACAGCCCCUCUCGUUUCAGACUGACCUUCCUUGGAAGGACAGUGUUUGUUCUGUGACAGUGCGUCUCUCUCUAGGUACAGACUGUACGGUAGAGGGUUUGGGGCAGAGAUAGACAACUGAAACAACCAAAGCUGGGGAGGGGGGGGAACACUUAGAAACUUGGAAUCCUAAACUCAGGUCUUAGAUUGCAGUGGGAUCUGUUCCCAGUGAGUACCGUAGGGAAGGAGCUGUUUCUCUUGAUGUGCAAGUAGGUAGUGAGUGUACAUACUCUGCUGCUGUUUCGACAUCUGUCUGUUUACCCUACUUUGUAUUUCUAGUUCUGAGGCAGAAAGCUUUUAUCAGCUCUGGUCUCUUAUGUCACUGUUUCCAAAAUACAAGUGAUAGAUACAAAUCUAGCAGUUAAAAGGCUGGGCCUGGCAGAGGGGGAGGAAGUAAAAGGCAUGAAGAGGUUAGUAAAAGCUGUUUGUUCUGAGGCCCUGUCCAGCAAGAUGUUUGUGCAGGUGCUCCCUCCAGGAUCAGGUGUGUGCGUGUACCUUGCUGCUUCAGGUCCUGUGCAAGCGAGUUUCUCGGGCCUGUUUUCUGCAGGGGGUGAGGGUAGAGGUGGUGGCUUUUCAAGUCUGCCUGAAUGCAAAUAAAUAUCUGAGAAGACUUGUAAUACAGUGACAGGCGUCUCCACAGAGGAAACUUGUGUCUGACCUAUGCGUAAUAGUAGAAGGGGAGGAAUGAACUGAAGAGCCACUGGCUGGGUGAGUAGCAUAGAGCCCCGAGAAGCCGAUCAGCAGAGCACUCUUCAUGUUACAUCCCGUGUUCUGCUUUCUUGGCUCUAAUAAUGGCAUUAGCACCAAAGCAACAUCCAGUAAGACGGUACAAUUUCUUUCCUUGAAGGUUACUGAGCUAUUCACUAUACCACUUGUGUGCGCAGAUGCUUUGCCACUGUUUGCAGAGCGACAGGAGUCUUUGUCCAAAGCAUUGGUGGGGAUUAAUCACUGCAGAGAUUUGGAAAGUUUUAUUCUGUGCUUCAGCUGUCCUGGCUGACCGUUGCCUUGAUUUAACCUGUUAACAUCUGAGAGCAAGGCAGAGUGUCCUCUCCAUAUGUGCAGAGCAGGCCUUUCUUUUUCUGGAAUCUCUGCUGCACCACGAAAGGCUUGCAGUGAAGAAAGCAUGGCUCUGACUGUAAAUAAAUACUUUCAGAUUCCAGUUGCACAACCAAAGGAAUUCAGUAAAUUCCUAUUUUUCUAACCGUGACAUGCCUCAUUUUAACACUCUUCAAAUUGGCAAAUCUCAUCUUAGACUGCCUUGAGAAUAACAGACAAGAAGUUUUUAUUCUGGCUUGCAAAUAGCUACAGUUGUGCUUGUUACAGAUAUCUCAGUGCUGUGGCUUUGGCCCCAUGGCUUCAGCGAUCCAUACGCUGACUCCCCCUGCGCUGCCUUUGCAUGUGUCCGACUCGUUUCUCAGGAGUGGUGCGUUGUUCCCGAACCUGUAGCUCUGGGUUUCUAUGAGGCGUCAACUCAACCCUUUGUCUACUUGGAUCUAUUUGCUCUUGCAUUUGCCUUCCUCACCUGGAAACAAACCCUGCGUGCUCACUUACUCUGUUCGAUAUCUGUGUCGAUAAGCGGAAAAACCUGUCUAACAUUCCAUCUCACCAAGUGUCUGGCUCACUGCUAGCCCAUCGCUCUUUGUAAUUUUAUAACUGCCUAAGAAAUUAAAUCUGUGUUGUGAUAAGUA